GGAUGAUGAUUUCUCUUCUUCAUCGGCUGCGGAAGAGCUUGGGUUGGGAUUGGAUGUCGCCAGCGACAACCGGCCAGCAGUGCUCGUAGUGUGGAAGGCAUCCCGCGUUGCUCCACCAGCAUGGUGAUGCAUGGAUGUGUGCGCCAUCUCGUCGGUCUGCAUCAUGGACGAGUCGUUGUUGUUGUGAUGCGCAGAGGGUUCGCCGCUGCUACUCCUGUGCGCGCUGUGACCAUGCAUCGCCAUCUUCAUGGCCGUAGAAUGUGCAGCGCCUUGUUGUUGUUGUUGUUGUUGUUGUUGUUGUUGUUGUUGCUGCUGAUGCAUCAUGGCGCGGACUGAGCUGUUGCUGCUGCCCCGCCAGUCUUGUCCUGCGUCCUCGUCAUCAAUCCCCAUGCGUCGUCGUCUCCGUCCAAAGACCAGUCCGCUCCCAUCGUCAUCGUCAUCGUCAUUAUCGUCAUCGUUGUUGUCGUCGUCGUCGUCGUCGUCGUCUGUGCUCGAGUUGUCUGCCUGCUGCGCCCACAACAGCGAGCGCUCGCUGAUGCGCUUUGGGAACGGCGGCGCUGACGAGCAAUUGAUUGCAAGCUCAGCCAACGCAGCGGACGGCGCCGUGCUUGCAUUGCGUCGCAACAUGAACAAAACAAUCCAGCCUCAGAAGAAGAGGAAGAACAAGAAGAAGAAGAAGGAAGAACAAGGAAAAAAAUGAUCUAAGAACACACACCCAAAAGGAAACACAAGGACGGAAAAAUAGAUCUAAGAAUAAGAGCAAAGAAAACAAAACAAAAAAAAAAAGUUGACUGAGAAAACAAAAAAUGGUUAAGCUUUUGCAACGUAGAUGUACAGGAAAUCCACAAGUCCUUCCAUUGACCAGAAUCACCUCUCCAAGCAUGGACUGGAGCACCUCAACGCUCAGCCCCAGCGCUCCUCGCUCGGCAGUCCCAGCGCGCUGCUGCAUCCUCCGCCAGCACAUCCAAUGCAAAGCCAGCCAGCUCAGCACAGACCCAGCAGCAGACGACGGCAGCGGCGAUCGCAGCGGCAGUGCCAAAGACGCCUGGCAUGGCCGAGUUCUUUGAGAGCCAGGCUGCGCGCGACGUCCCCUUUGACGGUCGCAGGUGGUCAACGCAGGAGCUGCGUCUGAAGAGCUUUGAGGACCUCCACAAGCUCUGGUUUGUGCUGCUCAAGGAGCGCAACCUCCUCCUCACUCACAUGCACUACGAGCGCUCGCAAAACCGCGCAGUGCCCAGUUAUACUCGUCGCAUGCAAAUGGUCAAAAAGUCCAUGGGUGGAAUCAAGCGUGUCAUCUCUGAGCGCGAAAUUGCAUUGAACAUGGCAAAGUCAGCACACGGUCUUGCAUUCAAGCGCACAAGGAUUGCAGCGGCAGCACCCGAGCGCGACGACGAGAAGGUCCGGUUCCAGCCUUUGAUCGAGGAGCGCACUCGCAUUAAGGCUUGGCAAGUCAAGGACAAACCAUCGAUGGCUCACUUGGAAGAGGCCACCGAGAAAACAAUGUCACAUCUCGAAACCAUCCGUGCAGCACUCGGUGCCCACGGCCGAAAACUGUCGUUGCGACAAGCAUUGCUCCGUGGUGCAGCUAUCGCGACGCUGCAGCAUGUUACGGGCGUUCCAGCGUCAGCGCCUGCUUCCAGCCCUACUUCUGACACUACCACUGAAACCACAUCCCAGGCACCACCACCAUCAACACAACCAUGA